CACAUCCACUCGAAUUUUGUUUACUGUAAAGAACUUAUCACUGUAUAAGUGAAGUGAUGGUUGUUUUCCAACAGCAUAAAGAAUAACACAAACUUUAUCUGACUGCGUACUAAUCCAGUCUUUAUUUGAAUGUAACUAAACUGUCUAUUGCAGACUGAUUCCUUGCAAUUGGAUUAGCAUUACUGUUGUGUUCAGGAUCUUUGGAUAUGACAACAAAUCUUCAGAAGCAGAUGGCGGUUGUGGAUGAGAAUGCGUGUAUUCCUUAUGCAGUUUUCCGAGAUUUUUACGUUCCAGUACACAACACUUUCUUCGAGCAAGCAGCAGACUAUAAUCCAAAAACAGGGGAUAUAUUUAUAGUAUCCUAUCCCAAGUGUGGUACCACAUGGAUGCAGCACAUAGUUUAUCUUCUUCAUAAUGGAGGAAAACCAGCUAAAGAUCAUGGACAGAUCGUAUCCGAGAUCCCUUUUGUGGAGCAAGAUGGUUUUCGAAAUGGUGAUGGACGCUACCUCGCUCUUAAGUACCAUUUACCCUUUCGAUUGAUGCCUUAUUCAAGCAAAGCAAAAUACAUAUAUAUAGCCAGAAAUCCUAAAGAUGCUUGUGUUUCCUAUUACCAUUUCUUGAAACCUCUACCAAGGUAUCACAUCAAGAGUUUUGAUGAAUUUUUCGAGUCUUUCCUCUCAGGUCAAAUACCGUAUGGGCACAUCAUCGACCAUGUCCAGGAAUGGUAUGAAAAAAGGAAUCUACCGAAUGUUUUAUUCACCACAUACGAAUCACUAUCAAAUAAAAGAGAAGAAACAAUCUUAAAUGUAGCAAAAUUUUUAGGUCUCCAUAACCUUCCUGAAAAUAUAGUUCAAGAUGUUGUGAACCACUCAAGCUUCAAAUUUAUGAAAAAUCUUGUGGAUGGAGAUUUUAUGAAACAAUAUCUGCGUAGCAGCACGGGUUACAACUGCAACGAGAAUAGAUGUUUGUCCAGUGAUGCCGAACCGAGAAUGAUGCGAAAAGGUAUAACUGGUGACUGGAAGAAUUAUUUUUCAGAAGAGCAGAGUAAACGAAUGGAUGAAUGCAUUCAGGCAAGAGGGGCGAAGCUGAUAAAAAUCUGGGGAAAUUAAAUAAGUUGACGUUCCAAACAAUAAAAAUUAUAAUUAUGACGACAAAUCUCUUGUAAAAUAAUUUCCUUCUGAUGAAAACGUUUUGAAUUUGUAAGUGCUUUUAUGAUUCUUGUAAAAAACAGAAUUUUUAAUUGCACCAAAAAAAAAAAAAAAAAAUUACCGGCUUAUGCAUGAUGGUUCU